GGCUAUUAGUCGGGCCACCGCAGGUGUGCUGUGAACUUUUGAACCCAUUACUUCGUGCGAACUUCUGUCGUUACGAUAAAUACAGCAGUGAAAAGCAAUCUGUCUUGAUCCCCCAUUAAAACUAUAAAGUUUGAAUAGUACCUAGGCCAGUUUGUAGGCUCAAAAUUAUAGAUUAACAAUGGAAAAGUUUGGAACAACUUGAUUUAGUUUAUCAGUUAAAUACUUGGCGUGGUUUUAACCGUAAGGAAGUGUUUCAAAAUGUGGAAAGUGGCGUUUACUCAUACAUUAACUUCUGUUGGUGGCUUUCUUAAUGGGAUUCCAUAAUUUGGUAUGUGGUAGGAUACCUUGAAAUACAGAUAACUCAAAGCAACUAAGGAAAGCUUAGGCAAGAACGGCGCCCUGUUGGGAGCGAGAGAGAGAGAGAGAGAGAGAGAGAGAGAGAGAGAGAGAGAGAGAGAGAGAGAGGAGCCUCCAGACAAACAAGCAUCCAGCAGCCGCAGAGCUUUGGUACAAGCAGUAUGUUAAUCUCAAAGCUCCUCCACACGGCUUUAGUGCUUCUCUUCUCCGCUGAGAUGCUGGUCGUUGACAGCAAGGUUCACGGGAAACCAAACGGAAACAAAGUCGCAUCUGGAGACGCAGGGAGGAUCAGGGGCCAAGAUGUCAACACUCCUCCACCCAGAGGACCCCAUUUCGCCAAGGACACGCCCAAGAGGGUCCUAGCAGCCGUUGGGACUCCAGCGCACAUCCCCUGCAAGGCUAGAAACCUCGGGGCCAAAUCUGUCUCGUGGAUCCGACACAACGACCUUCACGUCCUGACCGUCGGUUCCUUCACGUUCACAAACGACGAGAGGUUCUCGGCCCACCGAGACCCUUCGUCGGGAGACUGGGUUCUCGUCCUCAGGCACCCGCAGCCGACGGACUCCGGCUACUACGAGUGCUCCAUCUCGACGAAGCCCGUCACGGCGAUCAGCGUCAAACUCGAAGUCGUCGUGCCUUUGGCAGAGCUCUUGGGAGACGGGAGCGUGUACCUGGACAAGGGCAGCACCCUUAAUCUCACCUGCGUGGUCCACUUCAGCCCCACGCCCCCCGAAUUUAUUCUGUGGUACCACAGAGAUAAGUUGGUGAACUACGGAAGGAGGGGAGGACGCGAGAUCCUGGUGACGACGGAGCACAGGGGAGAAAUCACUAGGUCGUCGCUGCUGGUGCACAACGCAACCUUGCAAGACUCCGGAAGGUAUUCCUGUAAGCCAGCCAAUGCCAAAAAGGUCUCAGUCGCGGUCCAUGUUCUGGAAAGCGAGACUCCAGAGGCCAUGAAGACUACGAGCAACGGGGCUGCCGCGGCCCACCACAACCACUUCAUCUUCAGCAUCGUGAUCUCCAUCGCCUUCUGUCUCCUCACCUCCUCGAUGAGGGACGACCUCCUCAACUUCUCCGAGGUCGUACAUUGGUGCCACCACUCUCGCGCACUCUCUCUUUUCACUUACAGAUAAAAAACGAGGCGUUUUGGACAUUUUUUAUUUUCUUUUUACUCCGGUUAGAAAAGGUUGGUCUCUCCCAACAGUCAUCGCUGUUUAUCCUAAGUGGUAAUUUCUGGGUUUAUUGAGAGACGUUCGGUUGCCCUUUUUAAGUCUUGGGACAGAGAAACAGGGCAAGGAAUACGAUGUUGGUUAAUACGGCUUUGAUCUCUCAGCAAGGAGAGUUGGUUCCGCAUACCGCAUCGGCAGUACAGACGUACCGCAUUGGCAGUACAGGCGUACCGCAUUGGCAGUACUGACGUACCACAUCGGCAGUACUGACUUACCGCAUCGGCAGUACUGCAGACGGCUGCCUGUCUUCGGCUCAGUUUAAACCAGGAAUCUACCGAAAAAAAGUUAUAUUGUUUGUUUGUUUGUUUGUAUGGAGUUUUUACGUUGCAUGGAACCUGUGGUUAUUCAGCAAUGGGACCAACGGAUUUACCUGACUUCCGAACCACGUCGAGAAUGAACUUCUAUCAGCAGAAAUACGCAUCUCACACCCCUCAGUGGACGCCCGAGAAUCGAACUCGCAGCCACCGAGGUAGCAGGCCAAGACCAUACCAACUACGCCACUGAGGCACUAAUAAAAGUUAUAUUGCCGUUUGUACAAAUAAGGGGAAAGUGACGUUAUUUUUACAAAUAUCGAAUAGGAUUCUAAGAUGACUAUCAACCGAUACAGAUGUUUCUUCACAUAUUUCCAAAUAGGAAAAAAAUUAUAAUAAUAAUAAUAAUAAUAAUAAUAAUAAUAAUAAUCAUAAUCAUAAUAAUAUCCUUCAUUUCAGCUCAGGGCCAUAUACAGGGAAUAUACAAAAUACAGACAGUAACAUACACAAUCUAGAUACAUGAGACAUGAUAAAAAUUGAAUAAACGGCACUUAUCCACACAAUAGCCGAGGUAGCAUAAAAGAUAGUAAUCAUAAUACUGGUAAUAACAGUAAUGAUAUAAAUUUCAGACCAAAAGGGGGCUCCAGCUAGGUGGGGCCGAAAGGACGCUGCAAAGAACCUUAAUUAAGUAACGCCUACAUUGCACUGCAUGAGGUGCACUGAUGGCACUAUCCCCUACGGGUUUAUUUUAUAUUUAUUUAUAAUUUUUUUUUUUUUUUGUGAAAUCAUUUUAAUCUUUUUUUUUGUGAAGUCGCAUGUUAUAUCUGGCGACAAGAACCAAUAAGCCCAAAACGGCAUUAACCCCUAAGUGGUUUAUUUUAUUCUAAUAUAUUUUAUUUAUUCAUUUAUUGAUUUAUUUAUUGAUUUAUUUAUUUAUCAUUU